AUGGCGUUGCCUGAGGCAUCAGAAAAGUUCAACGGCUUCUCUAAUGUGAAAGCCUGGCACGAGCGUAUGACGUCACGAGACUCAUGGAAAGCUAUUAUGGAGGUUAGAGACAAGUUGAUGGACGAACAGGGCUUGAUGUGGAACGGCAUGCCGAAAGGCAUCAAGAAUUUCCAGGAGUACGAGGCCAAGAUCAAGGCGGGCGAUUACAACACAACCCGCACCAGCUGA